GCUGGAAAUCAAGUUGCAGCAGCGAAGCGGCGCGUUCCCCCUCUGCCUUCGGAAGAAUUUCUUGGCUUGGUGUGUGGGUGCCUGUUAUUGGGGCUGCGGCAGAGGAUUUGGACUCGCAGUCAGACCCAGCGCUAAUGAGGAGGAAGAGGAUGAAUGUGGUGCCAUGGGCAUGUGCCAGGGUGCUGCUCCUGUCCCUGCUGUGUGCCACCAGCCUCUGCCAAUGGAGCAAAAACAACCGCUGUGUGCUGUCCCGGGCAAAGAGCUGCACCGAGUGCAUCCGUGUGGAUAAGGACUGCUCCUUCUGCACCGACGAGAGCUUUGAGGAGCCGCGCUGUGACCUGCGGGAGAACCUGCUGCGCUCCGGCUGCGGCGAGGCCAGCAUCGUGUACAGCCAGGGGGAGAUGAGGACACUGAAGAAUUCCAGUAUCAACACGUCCCUGCAGAGGACCCAGGUGUCCCCCCAGGCCAUGUACAUGCGGCUGCGGGCUGGGGAGGAGAUGAGCUUCGACAUGGAUGUCUUCCAGCCCAAGGAGAGCCCUGUGGAUCUCUACAUCCUCAUGGACUUCUCCUACUCCAUGUCUGAUGAUCUGGACAACCUCAAAAGCAUGGGGCAUAACCUAGCGGAUUUCCUGAAAGCCCUGACUUCCAAUUACACCAUUGGAUUCGGCAAGUUUGUGGACAAAGUCUCGUCCCCUCAGACAGACAUGAGACCUGAAAAGCUGCGUGAGCCCUGGCACAACGCCGACUCCCCGUUCUCCUUCAAGCACGUCAUCCGCCUGACCAGCAACAUCAACCACUUCAGCCAGGAGCUCAGCAAGGAGCGCAUCUCCGGCAACCUGGAUGCCCCCGAGGGCGGCUUCGAUGCCAUCCUGCAGACAGCUGUUUGCAAGGAUAAGAUCGGCUGGAGAAAGGACAGCACUCACCUGCUCGUGUUCUCCACCGAAUCUGCCUUUCACUACGAAGCUGACGGUACCAACGUGCUGGCAGGGAUCCUGGCGAGGAACGAUGAGCAGUGUCACCUGGACAGCCACGGCACCUACGUGUACGACACCAAGCAGGACUAUCCCUCAGUGCCCACCCUCGUGCGCCUCUUGGGCCAGCACAACAUCAUCCCCAUCUUUGCUGUCACCAACCACUCCUACAGCUACUAUGAGAAGCUGCACAAGUAUUUCCCCAUCUCUGAGAUCGGGGUGCUCCAGGAAGACUCCUCCAACAUUGUGGAGUUGCUCCGCACAGCCUUUGAGCGCAUCCGUUCCAAGAUGGACAUCCGGGCUGACUUCACCCCCAGAGCCCUGAAGACAGAGUUCACCUCCUCGGUAUUUGAAAAGACAGAAUCCGGCUCCUUCCACAUCACCCGUGGAAAAGUGAGCAAGUUCCACAUGCACGUGAAGGCUCUGGAGUACAUUGGUGGGCAGCACGUCUGCAGCCUCCCCGAGAAGGAGCGGCAUGGAGUCAUCCACGUGAAACCCACGUCCCUGAGCGACAGCCUCACGGUGUCAGCUGCUGUCGUCUGCGACGUGUGUCCCUGUGAACAGCAACAAGAGCUGAACUCCCCCAAGUGUAGCUUCCAUGGGAACUUUGUCUGUGGACAGUGCAUCUGCCACCCAGGCUGGCGAGGGGACACGUGUGACUGCUCCCCGGCGUCAUCCCCCAACAACGAAGCCUGCAUCCGUCCCGGGGAGGUGGAGCCGUGCUCGGGGCGGGGGGAGUGCCUGUGCGGGAAGUGCCAGUGCUACUCCGAGGACCAGAGCCUGCGCUUCGACGGCGCCUUCUGCGAGUUCGAUGUCCUGCAGUGCCCGCGCACCUCCGGCUUCCUCUGCAACGAUCGUGGCCGCUGCUCCAGGGGCGCCUGUGUGUGCGAGAGCGGCUGGGAGGGCCCGGGCUGCGAAUGUCCCACGAGCAAUGACACCUGCAUCGACAGCCGAGGGGGCAUUUGCAAUAACCACGGGAGGUGUGAAUGUGGCAGAUGCAUCUGUGACAUGGCUUCGCUCUACACCAGCUCCACCUGUGAAAUCAGCUACUCCCUGGGCUUCCAGGCUGUGUGUGACAGCAUCCGGGACUGUGUCCGCUGCCAGACCUGGGGGACAGGCAACCUGAAAGGGAACUGCAGCUCCUGCCAGCUCCAGAUCCAGAUGGUGGAGGAGCUGAAGAAAGAGGAGGCUGGUGAGUACUGCUCCUUCCAGGAUGAGGAUGAUGACUGCACCUAUCACUACACCCUGGAGGGAGACCCCAGUGUCCUCCCCAACACCACCGUCCGUGUGCAGAAGAACAAAGAGUGCCCACCUGGGAGCUUCCUCUGGCUCAUCCCACUGCUCAUCUUCCUCAUCCUGCUCCUGGGGCUGCUGCUCCUGCUCUGCUGGAAGUUCUGUGCCUGCUGCAAGGCUUGCCUGGCCCUGCUCCCCUGCUGCGCACGAGGUCGCACCGUUGGCUUCAAGGAGGACCACUACAUGCUCCGCCAGAGCCUCAUGUCCUCCGACCACCUGGACACACCCCUGGUGCGCAGCGGCUCCCUCAAGGGUCGGGACACGGUCCGCUGGAAGAUCCACAACAAUGUCCACAGGCAGGGAGUCACCUCACCCGCUGCCACCAACCCCAAGGACCUCACUCCCUACGGGCUAUCCCUGAGGCUGACCCGGCUUUUCACGCAGAACCUGGUGAAACCAGACACCCGCGAGUGCGAGCAGCUGCGCAAGGAAGUGGAGGAGAACCUGAACGACGUUUUCAAGCACAUUCCUGGCUGCCACAAGGUCCAGCAGACCAAGUUUAGGUUACAGCCCAAUUCUGGGAAAAGGCAGGACCACACCAUUGUGGACACGGUGCUCACUGCCCCGUACUCAGCCAAGCCAGACAUCAUCAAGGUGGUGGAAAAACACGUUUCCCACGAGGCUUUCAAUGACCUGAAGGUUGCACCGGGUUAUUACACUGUGACCUCAGACCAAGAUGCUCAGGGAAUGGUGGAGUUCCAAGAGGCUGUGGAGCUGGUGGACGUCCGUGUCCCACUCUUCAUCAGGGAUGAUGAUGAUGAUGAGAAGCAGCUGCAGGUGGAGGCCAUUGAGGUCCCCAGUGGCAUUGCCAAGAUUGGACGCAGGGUUGUCAACAUCACCAUCAUCAAAGAACAAGCCAGCAGCCUCAUCACCUUCCUGCAGCCAGCAUAUUCCCACAGCCGCUUUGAUAAGCUGGCCAAGAUCCCUGUGCUCCGGGAGAUCAUAGACAACGGGAAGUCCCAAGUCACCUACAGGACCCGGGAUCUCACCGCCAAGAGUGGCAGGGACUACAUCUUCACGGAGGGUGAACUGGUCUUCCAGCCUGGGGAGACCCGAAAGGAGGUGCAGGUGCCCUUGCUGGAGCUGACAGAGAUAGACACCCUCCUCAACAGCUGCCAGCUCAAGCAAUUUGCUAUCGACCUCCUCCACCCCAAGUACGGCGCCAAGAUCGGCCGCUACCCCCAGACCACGGUGACCAUUGCUGACCCAGAGCUGGUGGAUGGUGUCCCCUCAAUGACUGGCCUGGGCCAGGUCCCCCAGUCCCCCAAAGGCCGCCUGAGUGCACCGCUCAAUCCCGACGCCCGCGCCCUCAGCUCCAGGGAAAUCAGCUUCAACUGGUUUCCUCCACCGGGAAAACCCCUGGGGUACAAGGUGAAAUACUGGAUCCAGGGAGACCCUGAGUCAGAAGCCCGUCUCAUUGAUGUCAAAACCCCAUCAGCAGAGCUGACAAACCUUUACCCCUUCUGCGACUACGAGAUGCAAGUCUGUGCCUACAACGCCAUGGGAGAAGGGAUUUACUCGGACAUCAUCCACUGCCGCACGCUGGAGGAGGUGCCCAGCGAGCCCGGGCGCUUGGCGUUCAACGUCGUGUCUUCCACUGUGACCCAGCUGAGCUGGGCUGAGCCUGCAGAAACCAACGGGGUGAUCACGGCCUAUGAAGUCAGUUAUGGGCCUGUCAACGAGGACAACGUACCCAUUGGGCCCAUGAAGAAGGUGCUGAUUGAAGAGCCCAGGAAGCGCAUGGUGCUGAUUGAGAACCUGCGGGAGUCGCAGCCCUAUCGCUACAUGGUGAAGGCCAGGAACGGCGCGGGCUGGGGGCCCGAGAGAGAAGCCACCAUCAACCUCGCCACGCAGCCCAAGCGCCCCAUGUCCAUCCCCAUUAUCCCUGAUGUCCCCAUCAUUGAUGCAGAGGGAGGUGAGGACUAUGACAGCUACCUGAUGUACAGCACAGAUGUGCUCCGCUCUCCAGCUGGCAGCAAGAGGCCCAGUGUCUCUGAUGAUUCAGGCUCCAGGUGGAAAUUUGUGCCGUUGCUGGGAGAAGACCUGGACCUUCGCCGCAUCACCUGGAGGCUCCCACCUGAAACCAUUCCCCGCCUCUCUGGCAGCAGCCGCCUCUCCUCGGACACUGAGGGGCUCCUCCAGGAGGAGGACAGCGCUGUGGCUCCUGGCAGUGUGAGGAGGAGCGGGACGCCCCGGCCCCAAGCAGAGCACUUGCUGAAUGGCCGGGUGGACUUCUCCUUCCCUGGCAGUGGCAGUGGCACCCUGACCAGGACAGCCAACAGCAGCUACCACCAGCUGAGCUCCCACGUGCACCAGGAGCACAGGGUGAUGGGCAGCUCCUCGCUGACAAGAGACUACUCCACGGUGCUGAUGGGGCACGAUUACCCGGGGACACUCCUCCCUCCCAUCCAUGAAGAUGCUGGGAGGACACUCCUCCAGCCCUGGGACGUGGGUUUCAGGAGCAGGGCAAAGGUGAAGGGUUACUACCCCAGCAUUGGCUGUCGGGACUCUAUAAUCAUGACUGAUGGGGCCGCAGGGAUGUGCAAGUUCAUAGACCCCAGGAAGGCUCUGGGCAUCCCUGACACCCCCACCCGCCUGGUGUUCUCUGCCCUGGGCCCCACGUCCCUGAAGGUGAGCUGGCAGGAGCCGCGCUGCGAGAAGGAGGUGCAGGGCUACAGCGUGCAGUACCAGCUCCUCAACGGAGGAGAGGUGCACAGGAUCACCAUCCCCAACCCCAGCCAGAACUCAGUGGUGGUGGAGGACCUGCUGCCCAACCACUCCUACAUCUUCAAGGUGAAGGCGCAAAGCGAGGAGGGCUGGGGCCCUGAGAGGGAGGGAGUCAUCACCAUCGAGUCCCAGGUGGACCCGCAGAGCCCGCUCAGCCCCGUGCCAGGUACCCCCUUCACCCUGAGCACCCCCUGUGCCCCUGGACCACUGGUUUUCACUGCCCUCAGCCCAGAUUCUCUGCACCUCAGCUGGGAGAGACCCCGCGAGCCAAAUGGGCCCAUCCUGGGCUACAGGAUCACCUGUGAGAUGCUGCAUGGAGGAGGGGAGCCCAGGACAAUCUAUGUGGAAGGAGACAACCUGGAAACCACCCUGACUGUGCCCCACCUGAGUGAGAAUGUCCCGUACAAGUUCAAAGUGCAAGCCAACACCACCCAAGGCUUUGGGCCAGAGAGAGAAGGUCUCAUCACCAUUGAAUCUCAGGACAGAGGUGCUUUCUCCCAGUUUGGAGGACAGCAGUACAUGAGAGAAGUUUACAAAUUCCCCACUGAAUACACCACCAAAACCAGCAUCAGCCAUUCCUCUCUGGAUCCCCACUUCACAGACGGGAUGCUGGUGACCACCCAGCACGUGGAGAACUCCAGCAGCACCCUCACCCAGGAGUUUGUGAGCCGCACCGUGAUGGCCAGCGGGACCCUCACCCAGCAGGUGGAGAGGCAGUUCUACGAGGCCUGAGCCAGGGCAGGCCGAGCACCAGCAGGACUUUUGGGAUCAGGUGCCAGGAUUCUAUGGAAUGACUCAAGGGUGCUUCAUCCAGGCAGUGCCUGGGCAGCUCCUCCUGCCAGGACAGACCCUCUGUGGCACUCCAGGCUCUCCUUUGGAGCCCAGCGCACUCAGAGCCCUGGCACAGCUGGGUGUGUAAGCUCAUCCUUCAGGGCAGAAAUUGGGGUGUUUCCAUGGCUUCAGCCUCCCCAGGUAAAUGGAACAGAAUUAUUUUAUUGUCAGGUCCUCGGUUUUGAGAGGAUCCCAGAUGCCCAAAUCACAAUUUAUAGAGGGUCACCAUUUCCAUCUUUGCUCCAGGCUCUCUGGCAACUCACCUGUCCAGUGGAGAUGGUUGUUUUGUUCAGUAUGGGGGUUUUUAUGAGAGCUGCAAGGUAGGGUUUAGGGGUAACCUGUGCUUUCUUACUGCACCUGUUCGUGGCUGACCUUUGCUGCUGACAUUUGGUACCAUGAUAGCAAAGAAUAACCUUUCAUUUGUGUUGCAUUACUUGAUGGCCCCUGAUGCUUUUUUUUUUUUUUUUUUUGCAUACAAUACUGUACAGUUUUCAUAGUAUAUAUAAAUAUAUAUAUAAAUGUA